AUGCAUCCCAGUUCAACGACCUCGACGCCUUUUUCUGUUAAAGAUAUCUUAAGGAUGGAGCACCACCAUGACGACUAUGAUAACGAAUUUUUCAUGACUGACCAGGUUGUGCCUUUGCAGCACCAACACGUGCACGCUGCGCCCCAAAACAGUGACUUUUACGAAUGUCAGCAGGAGACGUGCGUCUCUGAGAUACAGGAGAAGCUCGAUGCUCACAAUCCAGCAGCAGAAGAGGAGAUAAAUGAGCAGGAGAUGAGCGGUCUUGACAGUCCAUCUGAUUGCGGCAAAACUCCCCAACGACCCAGAGUGCGCAGGAAGCCCCGGGUCCUCUUCUCUCAGUCUCAGGUGUCUGAGCUGGAGAGACGGUUCAGACAGCAGCGCUACCUGUCCGCCCCGGAGAGAGAGCACCUGGCCCACACGCUCCAGCUCACCUCCAACCAGGUCAAGAUCUGGUUUCAGAACCGCAGGUACAAAUGUAAACGCCAAAGGCAAGACAAAUCACUGGAGCUGGCGAGUUAUCUACCUGCACCCAGGAGGGUUGCGGUACCGGUACUGGUACGGGACGGGAAGCUCUGCGGUGCUGGUUCCAAUUCAGCGCCUUACAAUGUAACUUUUGGACACUAUAAUCCCGUGCUUGGAUAUGGAAACAGCGGCGUGUAUAGUUGCAGUUAUCACAGCGUGUCACCUUCGGCCAGUAUGACUGCCGCACACAUGUGUAAUAACCAGCUGGCCGAUUUAACAGGUAACACUGAGGCGCACUUCAACCACGGACAGCUUCAGGCGUACUUGCAAGGCAUGAGAGGCUGGUGA